AUGAUAACAAAUUUAUUUUCUGUAUUCGACCCCUCAGCUAUUUUUAAUUUUUCACUUAAUUGAUUAAGAACAUUUUUAGGACUUUUAAUAAUUCCGUCAAUUUAUUGAUUAAUACCUUCUCGUUACAAUAUUAUAUGAAAUUCAAUUUUAUUAACUCUUCAUAAAGAAUUUAAAACUUUAUUAGGCCCAUCAGGUCAUAAUGGAUCUACUUUUAUUUUUAUUUCUUUAUUUUCAUUAAUUUUAUUUAAUAAUUUCAUAGGAUUAUUUCCAUAUAUUUUUACAAGAACAAGACAUUUAACUUUAACUUUAUCUUUAGCUUUACCUUUAUGAUUAUGUUUUAUAUUAUAUGGAUGAAUUAAUCAUACACAACAUAUAUUUGCUCAUUUAGUUCCUCAAGGAACACCCGCUAUUCUUAUACCUUUUAUAGUAUGUAUUGAAACUAUUAGAAAUAUUAUUCGACCUGGAACAUUAGCUGUUCGAUUAACUGCUAAUAUAAUUGCUGGACAUUUAUUAUUAACUCUUUUAGGAAAUACAGGACCUUCUAUAUCUUAUAUUUUAGUAACAUUUUUAUUAAUAGCUCAAAUUGCUUUAUUAGUAUUAGAAUCAGCUGUAGCUAUAAUUCAAUCUUAUGUGUUUGCUGUAUUAAGAACUUUAUAUUCUAGAGAAGUAAAUUAA